AUGGCCCUCGCCCCCAACAACUCCGGCGCGGCCGAUGUCGGCAACGGCAAGGGUCAGCAGUUCACCACGGGCGGCUGCGUCGCCAACGCCGACUGCCGCAGCGCCUGCUGCGCCGAGAUCAGCGGCAGCGGCCUCGGCAUCUGCUCGGCCGAGGGCGCCCAGUUCCAGAACGGCAAGCUCGGCUGCGGCUUCACCGACCCCAACUCGGCGGCCACCAUUGCGGCGGCCAAGGCCCAGGUUGCCAAGCAGGGCUUUUAA